AUGUCUGAGAAACAGUUUGGCAAAGAAGAGAAGAGAAAGCUAAAGCGCAUGAUGGAAAAAACAAUUGGUGAUGAUGAUUUAGAAUUAGAGGUGUCUUUGUCUCUGAGUCUAGGAGGACCUUCAUUGGAAACCCUAAAGCGUCAGCGUCUGGAAGAUGAGAAGAGGGAACAUCCAUGUAAGUUUUGCGACAAGAAGUUUUCAACCUCACAAGCAUUGGGAGGACACCAGAAUGCCCAUAGACGUGAAAGGGUGCUUUCAAGAAUAGACAAAGAAAUUCAAUUGGGAACUUUUGGAUAUGGUGGUUAUAAUUUUCCAUAUCCCUUCAUAACUGCAGGCUCAUCUUUUUAUAAUGGAGUUGGAGCUUCAUCAUUUGUUGCACCUGUUGGCUAUGGGACUGGCAGCCCAUUUGGUGGCUAUAACAGCUCUUCUUGGCCUCAUUCAUUUGUUGGAGCUGGAGUUAACAAUGUCCGAAUGGAAAAUAACAAUUACAAUGUUCCAAAUGGUCACCAUAUUUCAUCCUCAUUUCCUCAUUUCUCCAAUCAUUAG